GCGGAGCGGGCGCAGGCGCGGAGCCCCGCGGGAUGCGGGCGCUGCUGAGGCGGCUGCACGGCGCGGCCGUGGCGCUGCUGCUGUGGCGGGGCCCGGCCGCGUCCCCGGCCCGUCCCGCCGCCUCCGAGGUGCUGAGCCAGCACCUGCGGCAGCGCCGCCUGCCCCACUGGACCUCGUUCUGCGUCAAGUACAGCGCGGUGCACAACGACCAGUUCGGCCUCUCGCACUUCAACUGGCCCGUGGACGGCGCCAAUUACCUGGUGCUGCGCACCGGCUGCUUCCCCUUCAUCAAGUACCACUGCUCCCGCUCCGCGCCGCAGGACCUGGCGCUGCAGGACGCCUUCUUCACCGCCCUCAAGGUGCUCAACGCCGGCAUCCCAACUUUACUGUAUGGAAUUGGCUCCUGGUUCUUUGCCCGUGUCACAGAGACUGUUCACACCAGCCAUGGCCCAGUCACAAUUUAUUUUCUAAAUAAAGAAGAUGAAGGAGCCAUGUACUGAACUGAGUAUCUGUCCUCUGGUGGGCUCUGUGCUACAAACACCUGCUGCUUUUGACUAAAAACAACUAAAAAACCUUGGUUUUUACACUGUGUUCUCAUACUGUGCUGUUUCAGGAAGCUGUUGGGACUUUGUGGUCGUGAGAGAUUUAUUUUUGCAGAGGUCUGUGAAGUUGAAGAAUUAGAGUUUCUGAGGGUAUGUCUGGAAGUCAGGGACUGCUGGACAAACCUGUGAUGAUUUAAAGAGAUGCAUUUAUCAACUUGGAGAACUGAGUUGUGGCCUGUGGGCAAGGAAACUGUGAAUUUUCAGAAGUCUUUUCUCCCUGAAAAGAUAAAGCUGCUCAGGUGUAGAUCCUGUCUAGGUAUUUCAUAAUGAAUUAAUUGUCACAGGUGUAACUGUGAUUGAAUCUGUGAUCACAAUCACCUGGAAGAGCCUUUGGGGGAAAAAAAAAGAACAACCCCACCCUAAAAGAAGUGCAAAAUGGCUGUAUCACAUUUCUUGAAAUGAUAUUUAAAUAAAAUAUCCAAAAUACAUUUGGUGCUUGUA